UUCCUGCUAGGCUUCAUUACAGGGCGCGGCUUCCCCACCUCACUCCUCACCGUUUCUACCGCCUCGCCGGCGUCCCGUCAGUCCUCUUGCCGGUAUCCUCUUCUCUCUUUCCCUUUCAAUUUCAGCCGGUUCCACCUCACGGUCUCUGACCUCCACUCCUCUCGAGCUCCUUAAUCUCGGAGCUUCGCAGUCCUCAUUCCUCAUCGUCUUAAGCUCGCACAGAAGCAAGGGAAAAAGAAAGAAAAUUCCACCUGGUCUCUCCAUUUCUUUAGUCUACUCUCAUCUAUUGGAGUAGAAUGGAUAGGCAGGGUCAUGAUUAUUCGGCAAAUUCUGCUAUGGCAUAUGCUCAGCAGCAGCGUCAACCCCCAAACAUGCAGCAACAGCAGCAGCAGUUUGGAUUCCCCCCACAGCACCAGCAGUUCCCUUCACCACUGCACAACCCUCCUUUCCUACCAGGACACCUCCAACAAUUCCCUUACCGCCACCCAAUUCAGCAGCAGCCACCCCAACUUCCCCCUCAUGCCCACCUCCUCCACCAGCAACCACCAUCUUUCCCACCUCACAUGGCCCCACCACCGCUCAUGCACUCCCCUUUUCUGGGCCCCUAUGACUCCCCCCCGCCUCCUCCCGCUGCUCCCCCUGCUGAUCCUGAGCUCCACAAGCGUAUUGACAAGCUUGUGGAAUACAUUGCGAAGAAUGGGCCUGAAUUUGAGGCAAUGAUCCGUGAGAAACAGCAAGACAAUCCCGAGUACAGCUUUCUAAUUGGUGGGGAUGGACACGCCUAUUACCAGUAUAGGCUCUGGGCAUCAACACGUCCACCUGGGGCCCACUUCCCUCCUUUCCCGCCGAUGAUGCAUCCACCUCCCAAUCCUUUGAUGAACCCUUCUCUCCCACUGAAUGCUCCCAGGGCAUCUUCAGGUUCCAUGCUGGGCCUACCUCAGAUUCACCAGCCUCCUUUUGGUUCAUUUUAUGAUCCACAUGCCCAUCCAUCAUUCAGUCGGCCUGAUUAUGAUCAAUCAACCAAGGCCUUCAAAGGCCUCUCAGGACCGCUUCCCUCUGAUGUUGCUGCGGAGCUCAGCAACGUGCUUAAUAAUCUCAGUGGCACCAAGGAUUCAAUAAAAGGUGCCAAGAUUUGGUUCAUGCAGAGGUCUCCGUUUGCCCCAGCCCUAGCUGAGGCCUUGAGAGAAAGGGUCUUCUCACUGGAUGAUUCUGAGAGACAGCUGCACAUAAUUUUUCUUGCAAAUGAUAUUCUUUUCGAAAGCUUGCACCGGAGAGUUAACACGAAUGAACUUGAUAAUGAGGCCCUAGCUUUCAAACCUGUUUUAGGUUCCAUGCUUGCGAGGAUUUUCCACAAUCCUCAGAACAGGGAGGAAAACCAAUCGAGGUUGCAGAAGAUAUUGCAGUUCUGGGCCUCAAAAGAAGUUUAUGACCAGGACACUAUCCAUGCUUUUGAGAAUGAGAUGGUCAGCGGAGUAUCGAGUAAUGCCUUCUCUGGUUCUUCUAUAGAAGUAUCUUCUGCUUCUACAGACUCUGCUUCAGGAAGCAUCAAACCAGAACAUUCCCUUUGGCAACAGCAUGAGAGACUAGGCUCUGCUGCUGUGUUAACCGAUAAAGACCGUCCUGAUCAUCCCGCCUCUUUCCCGGGAGUUACACCUCCUCUGUCAACCCCGCAAUUCCUCCCCAAUGCAGUUGUUCCAGGUCCUCCUUUCACGGCUUCCGGCCCAAUUCCCUCAUCUGCACAGCCUGCAAAUCAACCCCCAGUGCUUCCUCCUAGCCUCGGCGAGAAAGUACCUCCCUACCCUAUGUUCCCCCCAGGCCUCAUACCUGGAAUGGUUAGGAAGAUGCAGAUUGGUAGUGGGGUACCCUACUCCCCUUUGAGCCCAUUGGACAUUCCGAACACCAUCCCUCCCUCAAAUGUGCCCCAGUCAGAGAUCCUUGAGCGGGUGUCCAAGUUCUUCAAGGAGAUUGGGGAGGUUAACCCUUCAGAGGGGCCCAUGAGGUCUUCAGGCUCAAGAGACGAUGAUGAUGCUGAUGACUAUGAGUAUGACAGGGAACCUCCUCUUCCUCGUAAAGGUGGAGCCCGCAUUCCCCCACCCCCAAACUUGCAUGUUGACCCUGAGACUGGGGCUCAUGCUGAUGGCAGUGUUGAAGGAAAGGGGAGUGGGUCUGGGAGACUUGGGCUUGGAGCGACUGCCAACCCGAACGAGGUAACCCAGUACGACGAUGUUUACACUUCUUAUAGGAAGCAGAGGAGCACCUCGUAUCACACCUCAAUGAGCGCUCGGGCGGCUACGAGGUAGGAAAUCAAAAGUAUAGAGUUAAUGUUUCCAUCGCUUCUGCUUUUUGGCAGAGAACAAGUGUAGUGGAAGAAACGAUGUUAUUUUAGCAUUGAAAGUGUGCCAAACUUGUCGUACUUCAUCGAUUCGGCCUUCACUACAAAUUUGUAGUUUUGUAACUCUAGUUGGGAUGCUAUCAGGACUUCAAUUUUGUGGAUGUUUGGUGGAGAAAAGCCCCCAAAACUUCUUCUCCAGUAGGUUCAAUAUUGUACAUGUUAAGUUCAUCUCUAUGUUUGCCU